GGUUCUGUUCUGGGAGUUCUUGGGGACAUCCUUGCAUUUCCAUCUUUCCACCAGCUUUAUGGGGAAGCUUGUGAAGUUUCCCUUUCUGCAGUUUUAUGGUUUUUCAGAAAACAGGUUAACAAUUAAGCUAAUUAACCUGGGGCCAGCUGGCCCUCCUUGUUCCUAUAAAGCAACACUAAAUGGCUUCCUCCCCUAGCUUUUCCUGCUCCCAUUAUAAGGCCACUGGUAGCAUUAGAGCAUUAGCCAGCAGGGACAAGCCGGGGCCUCCAGGUCUCAGGUGAGGGCUGCAAACUAAGCAAGAUGAGGCGAUUCCUGAGACCUGGGCAUGACCCUGCCAGGGAGAGGCUGAAGCGGGACCUGUUCCAGUUUAACAAGACCGUGGAACAUGGCUUCCCGCACCAGCCCAGCGCCCUUGGCUACAGCCCUUCUCUACGUAUCCUGGCCAUCGGCACCCGCUCUGGGGCCGUCAAGCUCUACGGUGCCCCCGGCGUGGAGUUCAUGGGGCUCCAUCAGGAGAACAACGCGGUGACGCAGAUUCACUUCCUGCCUGGCCAGUGCCAGCUGGUCACCCUGCUGGAUGACAACAGCCUGCACCUGUGGAGUCUGAAGGUCAAAGGCGGGCUGUCAGAGCUGCAGGAAGAAGAGACCUACACCCUGCGUGGCCCCCCAGGGGCUCCCCCCAGUGCCACGCAGAUCACCGUGGUCCUGCCUCACUCCUCUGGAGAGCUCCUCUACCUGGGCACCGAGAGUGGCAGCGUGUUUGUUGUACAGCUGCCCAGCUUCCGCACGCUAGACAGCCACACCGUCAGCUCGGACGCCGUGCUGCAGUGGUUGCCAGAGGAGGCCCGCAACCGGCGGGUGUUUGAGAUGGUGGAGGCUCUUCAGGAGCACCCUCGAGACCCCACCCAGAUCCUGAUCGGCUACAGCCGGGGCCUUGUUGUCAUCUGGGACCUGCAGGGCAGCCGUGUGCUCUACCAUUUCCUCUGCAGCCAGCAACUGGAGAAUGUCAGCUGGCAGCGGGACGGCCGUCUGAUUGUCACCUGCCACUCGGACGGCAGCCAUUGCCAGUGGCCUGUGUCUGGGGAAGCCAAGCAGUCGGAGCCCUUGCGCAGUUGCAUGCCUUAUGGUCCCUUCCCUUGCAAAGCUAUUACCAAAAUCUUCUGGCUGACCACCAGGCAGGGGUUGCCCUUCACCAUCUUCCAGGGCGGCAUGCCGCGGGCCAGCUACGGGGACCGCCACUGCAUCUCGGUGGUCCGCGACGGCCAGCAGACCGCCUUCGACUUCACCUCCCGCGUCAUCGACUUCACCGUCCUCACCGAGGCAGACCCUGCGGCUGCCUUUGAUGACCCGUAUGCCCUGGUGGUGCUGGCCGAGGAGGAGCUGGUGGUGAUCGACCUGCGGACGGACGGCUGGCCGCCAGUGCAGCCCCCCUACCUGGCCUCCCUGCACUGCUCCGCCAUCACCUGCUCCCACCACGUCUCCAACAUCCCGCUCAAGCUGUGGGAGCGCAUCAUGGCCGCGGGCAGCCGGCAGAAGGCGCACUUCUCCGGCAUGGACUGGCCCAUCGACGGCGGCACCAGCCUGGCCCCGCCCCCACCCCAGCGGGACCUGCUGCUCACAGGGCACGAAGAUGGCACCGUGCGGUUCUGGGAUGCCUCCGGCGUCUGUUUGCGGCUGCUGUACAAACUCAGCACGGUGCGUGUGUUCCUCACCGACACAGACCCCAGCGAGAGCCUCAACGUCCAGGGCGAGGACGAGUGGCCCCCCCUCCGCAAGGUGGGCUCCUUUGACCCCUACAGUGAUGACCCCAGGCUGGGCAUACAGAAGAUUUUCCUCUGCAAAUACAGCGGCUACCUGGCUGUGGCAGGCACGGCAGGGCAGGUGCUGGUGCUGGAGCUGAACGACGAGGCGGCGGAGCACGCCGUGGAGCAGGUGGAGGCGGACCUGCUGCAGGACCAGGAGGGCUACCGCUGGAAGGGCCACGAGCGCCUGGCAGCCCGCCCGGGGCCUGUGCGCUUCGAGCCUGGCUUCCAGCCCUUCGUGCUGGUGCAGUGCCAGCCUCCAGCCGUGGUCACCUCCUUGGCCCUGCACUCCGAGUGGCGGCUCGUGGCCUUCGGCACCAGCCACGGCUUCGGCCUCUUCGACCACCAGCAGCGGCGGCAGGUCUUCGUCAAGUGCACAUUGCACCCCAGCGACCAGCUGGCCUUGGAGGGCCCGCUGUCCCGGGUGAAGUCCCUCAAGAAGUCCCUGCGCCAGUCCUUCCGCCGGAUGCGCCGCAGCGGGGUGUCUAACCGGAAGCGGCGGCCGGCGGGCCCCCCGGGGGAGAUGCAGGCCGCGAGCGCCAAGGCAGAGCGGACGGGCCUGCAGAACAUGGAGUUGGCACCCGUGCAGCGCAAGAUUGAGGCCCGCUCGGCCGAGGACUCCUUCACCGGCUUCGUCCGGACCCUGUACUUCGCUGACACCUACUUGAGGGACAGCUCCCGCCACUGCCCCUCGCUGUGGGCCGGCACCAACGGCGGCACCGUCUACGCGUUCUCCCUGCGCGUGCCCCCUGCCGAGCGGAGGACGGAGGAGCCCGUCCGGGCCGAGCAAGCCAAGGAGAUCCAGCUGAUGCACCGUGCGCCUGUGGUGGGCAUCCUGGUGCUUGAUGGGCGCAGCGUGCCCCUUCCCGAGCCUCUGGAAGUGGCCCACGACCUGUCCAAGAGCCCCGACAUGCAAGGCAGCCACCAGCUGCUCGUGGUGUCUGAGGAACAAUUCAAGGUGUUCACGCUGCCCAAGGUGAGCGCCAAGCUGAAGCUGAAGCUGACGGCCCUGGAGGGCUCCCGGGUACGGCGGGUCGGCGUGGCCCACUUCGGCAGCAGUCGUGCCGAGGACUAUGGGGAGCACCACCUGGCGGUCCUCACCAACCUGGGUGACAUCCAGGUGGUCUCCCUGCCCCUGCUCAAGCCCCAGGUGCGGUACAGCUGCAUCCGCCGGGAGGAUGUCAGCGGCAUCGCCUCCUGCGUCUUCACCAAAUACGGCCAAGGUUUCUACCUGAUCUCGCCUUCUGAAUUCGAGCGCUUUUCUCUCUCCACCAAGUGGCUAGUCGAGCCCCGGUGCCUGGUGAACUCAGUCAAAACCCAGAACCACAGCCGGCCCAGCAAUGGCAACGGCGCGGGCCCUGAGAGAGGCCCAGGCCAGGCCAGGAACACAGGCAGCCAGAGUCAAGGAGCAGCAGGGAGCCACCUUGGUCAGGAGAGAGCUGGGCAAAGGGCCCGGGGGAGACCUGCCUCCCCUCUGCCUUUCAGAGAAGAAGGCUGGCCCAGUGAUGGAGCACGCCCUGCUCAACGACGAGAGAGUCCUAAAGGAAAUCCAGAGCGCGCUGGAGGGGGAGCGAGGGAGCUACGGCAAUUGGCAUUCUCACCGAGUGGCCACGGGGUACAGCCUGAGCAAUGGGGGAGCAGAAUGAACAGCACAGGUGUCCAGGCUGCAAGCUGACCACACACUACUGAAGGCCUUCCUGCAGGGCUGCCCCCGCUGGGGGGGGCUCCCGUGCACUGGGCUGGGCGGGGGCUCCGGGCGCCCCUGCUCUCCACCCUGCUGCUGCUCCUGGCCCCCGAGAGGAGAGGCCCACACCCUGGGCUGCCCCUCCCGGGCCUUGUCUGUCUCAGUCCUUUUGUCAAUGUUGCACAGUUUUUAGUCCUUUGUUCCCCCCUCCCCCCUUUUUUUGUAGUGGGCUGGGUUUUAAAUUAUAAAUUUUAACUGCCUCUGAGUGAAACAGUUUUUAAUAAACACCUUAUUACCUCUUCA